CUUAUCUCAUAUCAGCGUCUCACGGUUGUUGGCCAAAAUAAAUUUAUUUAGCCGACUAAAGUUUAUAGACUUGAAAAUUGAAAAGCAAAUAACAAAAUAUAAUUUAAGUAUAACGAUCGGUUUUAAAAUAAUUGGCUGUCCAAGCAAUAUGGCAAUAAAUUUAGAUAUUGUGCUCAAGAGACCGAAUAAAAUAUAUCACGAAGGAGAAACGAUUUGUGGCAUUUUAAGUAUUCAUUCGCCGACAGAAAUCAAACACGAAGGCAUUUUUUUGUCCAUCGAAGGUGUUGUGGAUUUACAGAUCAGUACUCAGAAUAUUGGCACGUUCGAUGCGUUCUACAAUGCGGUCAAGCCCAUACAGCUAAUGAUGUGCACGCUGGAUGUCGCUCAAUCGGGCCGUUUGCCUGGGGGACUUACCGAAUUUUCAUUUGAAGCUCCCGUCAAGCCGCUUCUGAACAAAGUACUGUACGAAUCAUACCAUGGCGUUUUCAUCAACAUUCAAUACUUACUGAAGGCUGUGAUUAAGAGAAACUUUUUGAACAAAGACAUUCAUAAAUCACUCGAGUUCAUUGUCGAACAUAGGUCACAUUCCGACGCUAUAGCUAACAAAGUGGAUAAGUUUGUAAUCAAUCAAAAUACUUUGACUAACGUUAAUGACUGUGCUAAUAUACCGAAAUUUCAUAUUAUUGGAAUGAUAGACACAGUUAUUUGUUCGAUCACGCAGCCGUUCAAAGGAGAAUUGAAAAUAGAACACUCUGAUGUGCCAAUUAAAUCAAUAGACGUACAGUUGGUUCGCGUGGAGACUUGUGGAUGUGCAGAAGGUUUCUCUAAAGAUUGUACAGAAAUUCAAAACAUUCAAAUAGCAGAAGGUAAUGUGGCAACAGGAAUUUCUCUACCGAUUUUUAUGAUAUUUCCACGGUUGUUUUCAUGUUCAACGACUAAAACGGCUAAUUUUAAAAUAGAAUUUGAAGUAAAUAUCUCAAUCGUUUUUGAAGAUGAACAUUUAGUAACAGAAAACUUUCCAAUAACUCUUAUUCGAUAAGUUUUGUUGAUAUAUUUUUACUUUGAAUAUUUAUUUGUUAUAAUCUUUUUUUUUACUUGUUACUUGUUGUUUAAUGUAAUUAAUCUAUAAGUUACUUGUUUUUUAUAUUAGUAUAUUAUAAAUAUUAUUAUUAUUAUUUAAUUUUUUGUUUUGUCGAUAUUAGUUGCUGGAUAUUUCUUAUUAUUUUAUCGCUUGUCUGAACUCAAACAGUUAACUCAAUACUCAACUAACAAUACAGUUAUGUGUAAAAAGGAUAAAGUCUGCUAAAAAAUGUGUAAAAUUAGAUGACAAAUUGUCUGUAAAACAGAUUGUCUACUUGAAUCGAUUGUAUUUACUAGUGUUCAACUUAAAAAAUGUCAAUAUUCAAUUGUUUUAUUAUUGUGUAUUCAUUUGUUAUUUUUUGUCUACAAAAAAAUUAUGUCAUUCAAUUAAUUAUAUGUAUGUUGUGUUGUAUUGGAAACGCAAAUUAAUGGGCAGC